AUGCCAGGAUCUGGGAACGGGAGUCGGGAGUCCGCGCCUGCCACCUUCAGCUCCGCGGGCGUGGUGACGGUGACGGGCCUUAGCGCCAAAAAGGCACAGGAAAUCUUGAACCGAGAUGGACCCAACGUGCUUACGCCGCCCCCCACCGUUUCGGAAUGGGUCAAGUUCUGUAAACAACUCUUCAGUGGCUUCUCCAUCUUACUGUGGAUGGGUGCCAUUCUCUGCUUCAUGGCCUAUGGCAUCCAGAUGCAUUUCAAGGAGGAUCUUUCCAGAGAUAAUCUGUACCUGGGCAUCGUACUGUCCUUCGUGGUCAUCGUCACCGGCUGCUUCUCCUACUGCCAGGAGGCCAAGAGCUCCAAGAUCAUGGAGUCUUUCAAGAACAUGGUGCCUCAGCAAGCUUUGGUGAUUCGGGAUGGAGAGAAGAUACAGAUCAACGUAGAGAACGUGGUGGUAGGAGACUUGGUGGAGGUGAAGGGCGGAGACCGAAUCCCUGCGGACCUCCGGCUCAUCUCUGCACAAGGAUGUAAGGUGGACAACUCCUCCUUGACUGGAGAGUCAGAGCCUCAGUCCCGCUCCCCUGACUUCAGCCACGAGAACCCUCUGGAGACUCGCAACAUCUGCUUCUUCUCCACCAACUGCGUGGAAGGAACAGCCCGGGGCAUUGUGAUAGCAACGGGAGACUCCACAGUGAUGGGCCGCAUCGCCUCCCUGACGUCAGGCCUGGAGACGGGCAAGACCCCCAUCGCUGUGGAGAUCGAACACUUCAUCCAUCUGAUCACGGUGGUGGCCGUCUUCCUUGGCGUCUCUUUCUUCGGGCUCUCGCUCAGCUUGGGCUACGGCUGGCUGGAGGCUGUCAUUUUUCUCAUCGGCAUCAUUGUGGCCAAUGUGCCCGAGGGGCUGCUGGCCACCGUCACUGUGUGUCUGACCCUGACCGCCAAGCGCAUGGCGCGCAAGAACUGCCUGGUGAAGAACCUGGAGGCGGUGGAGACGCUGGGCUCCACCUCCACCAUCUGCUCGGACAAGACGGGGACCCUCACCCAGAACCGCAUGACCGUCGCCCACAUGUGGUUCGAUGAGACCAUCUACGAGGCGGACACCAGCGAAGAGCAGACUGGGAAAACGUUUGCCAAGGGCUCAGCUACCUGGUUCGUCCUGGCCCGAAUCGCCGGCCUCUGCAACCGAGCUGACUUUAAGGCUAACCAGGAGACCCUUCCCAUCGUCAAGCGAGCCACAACAGGCGAUGCUUCUGAGUCGGCCCUCCUCAAGUUCAUCGAGCAUUCGUACAGCUCUGUGAAGGAGAUGAGAGAGAAAAACCCCAAGGUGGCCGAGAUUCCCUUUAAUUCCACCAACAAGUACCAGAUGUCCAUCCACCUGCAGGAGGAGAGCUCCCAGCCCCACGUGCUGAUGAUGAAGGGGGCCCCCGAGAAGAUCCUGGAGUUUUGCUCCACGUGCCUUCUGAACGGAGAGGAGUACCCCCUAGAUGAGAAGAUGAAGAGCAAGUUCCAGGACGCCUAUCUGGAGCUGGGAGGCCUGGGGGAGCGCGUGCUCGGCUUCUGUUUCUUGAAUCUGCCCACCACUUUCUCCAAGGGAUUCAAGUUUGACACGGAUGAGAUCAAUUUCCCCAUGGAGGACCUUUGCUUUGUGGGGCUCAUCUCCAUGAUUGACCCUCCCCGGGCCGCCGUGCCCGACGCCGUGGGCAAGUGUCGCAGUGCGGGGAUUAAGGUGAUUAUGGUAACGGGGGAUCAUCCCAUUACAGCCAAGGCCAUAGCCAAAGGGGUGGGCAUCAUCUCUGAAGGCGCUAGAACAAUAGACAACGUGGCCGCCCAGCUCAAGGUCCCCAUCUGCAGCAGCAUCGACCCCAGGGAAGCCAAGGCCAUCGUGGUGCACGGCUCGGACCUGAAGGACAUGACGUCGGAGCAGCUGGACGAGAUCCUCAGGAACCACACGGAGAUCGUGUUCGCGCGGACGUCCCCGCAACAGAAACUCAUCAUCGUGGAGGGCUGUCAGAGGGGGCCCUCCCGCCGCCUCAUCUUUGACAACCUGAAGAAAUCCAUCGCGUACACCCUGACCAGCAACAUCCCCGAGAUCACCCCCUUCCUGCUCUUCAUCAUCCUCAGCAUCCCCCUGCCUCUGGGCACCAUCACCAUCCUCUGCAUCGACCUGGGCACAGACAUGGUCCCGGCCAUCUCCUUGGCUUACGAGUCAGCUGAAAGUGACAUCAUGAAGAGGGCCCCGCGGAAUCCAAAGACUGAUAACCUGGUGAACCACCGUCUCAUUGGCAUGGCCUACGGACAGAUUGGGAUGAUCCAGGCUCUGGCUGGCUUCUUCACCUACUUCGUGAUCCUGGCCGAGAACGGUUUCAGACCUCUUGAUCUGCUGGGCAUCCGUCUCAACUGGGAAAACAGAUUCCUCAAUGACCUGGAGGACAGUUACGGACAGCAAUGGACCUACGAGCAGCGGAAGGUGGUGGAGUUCACGUGCCACACGGCCUUCUUUGUCAGCAUCGUGGUCGUGCAGUGGGCUGACCUCAUCAUCUGCAAGACCCGCCGUAACUCCAUCUUCCAGCAGGGCAUGAAAAACAACAUCCUAAUAUUUGGGCUCAUGGAGGAGACAUUCCUGGCUGUUUUUCUCUCCUACACUCCAGGCAUGGACAUGGCCCUGCGGAUGUACCCACUCAAGACAGCCUGGUGGCUCUGUGCCACUCCCUACAGUGCUCUUAUUUUUACCUACGAUGAAAUCCGAAGGCUCAUCAUCCGUCGUCAUCCUGGCGGCUGGCUGGAGAGAGAGACCUAUUACUGA